AGCCCUCUUGCUUCGCGCCUCUACGAACAAAUAAUCGUUCGCAUUUUACCCACCACCAAUCACCAAUCACCACCUCAUAUCCCAACUUCAUCAUGCCUCUCUUCGGUCGCCGCCACCAUGCCACCGCGCCCAGCUCGGGUGGAGGGUACACCCACCACCACCAUCGCCGGACAGUCCGCCACCACAAGGACCCCGCUCAUGUCACAGGGGGCUAUAAAGCCGCCCUCGCCAACCCCAACACCACGUCCGCCGGGCGCCGCCACGCCAAGCACGAGCUGCGAAAGCGCGGCGAGAGCACGCACGUCCCGCUCAUGGUCCGCAUCAAGCGCACGCUCGGGAUUCGCUCGACGCCGCGGACGUACGAGCAGUCGACCGUCGGCGGGUAUGGGCAUCAUACGACGCAUGGAGGAGAGUAUGGGCAUUCGACGGGAGGGUACGGCCAUGGCACGACGACGCACGGCACGCAUCACCACUACUAGGCAGCGGCCUCUAGCAAGGGGUUGUGUGAUAGGCCCAGACUCGGAGAAGGAAAGAAUCUAGUGUAGCAUAACCUGACGCAGUCGAUGUUAGCCUCGUGUAUCCGGAUCAUUCAGCAUAUACCCCUGAACUUACCGUAUAACCUCGAAAUAAUGCUUUCAAAUCGCUUUUGGCCCCACAAAGGC